AUGCAUACAUUGUCAACAUCGGUUGUUUCUCUUCAUAGUUACGCUGGGUCUCAUAAUAGUGAAAAGAAAUCAACGAAAACAUCUGACAGAAAACCUUCUAUUAUUUACUUUCUUGCAUUAUUUUAUGCAUUUUUAUCAUUGGGAUUUGGUGCUGGUCUCGUUGGCCCAACAUUACUUAAAUUUGGUGAACAAACAAAAUCAUCAUUAGAUCGUGUUGUUUAUAUAUUAUUUACACGUGCAUUAGGUUAUUUAUGUGGUACUUUAGGUGGUGGAAUUCUUAUUGAUCGUUUUCCAUUAUUUGGUAAAACAUUUUUAACAUUUUCAAUCUUUAUCAUGUGUAUAACAACACUAAUUAUUCCAUUUAUUUAUUAUCUUAUACCAAUGAUUAUUGUUCAUUUAGGGUGGAGUGUAGCAGCUGGUGUCAUUGAUAAUUUAGUACACAUUUUAGCUAUCCAUCAUUAUGAACAAAUGAAUGUGAAUCCAUAUUUACAAGGACUUCAUGGUGCAUUUGGUAUUGGUGCUUUUUUUGCACCAUUAAUUAUUGCACCAUUUCUUCAAAAAUCAAGUCCUGUCGAUCAAUGGCAUUAUGCAUAUUGGUUAAUUAGUUUUUUACAUAUACCUAAUGUAAUAUGGAUUUUAAUCUAUGCUAUACGUGAUGAAUUUUGUAAAAAGACAAAUCAAGAAAUUGUUUGUGAAAAUAAAGAAUUCAUUUCAGAAAAUACACAAAAUGAAACAAAUAAUAUUAAAUCUGAUGAUAAAGAUCAAUCGUCUAAAAAUUAUGCAAGUCUUGCUUUAAUUACAUUAUUUAUUCUUUUAUAUGUUGGUGGUGAAUCAGCAUUUGGUGCCUAUUUACAUACAUAUGCAAGUUUACAAUUACAUUUUGAAAAAGAUACAGCAGCAUAUCUUAAUUCGGUUUUUUGGGCAUCCUUUGCAUUUAGUCGUCUUUGUGGUGUUCCAUUAUCAUUGAAAUUUUCUCCAUUACAAAUGCUUAUUUCAAAUUUAAUUGGUUGUAUUGGUUCAAUAACAUUAUUAUUGAUUUUAAAUAAAUCAUCAUUAGUAUUAUGGAUUGGUUCAAUUCUCUUUGGAUUGUCUAUUGGACCAGUUUAUGCAUCAAUAAUCACUUUUACAGAAAAAAAAAUAUCUUUAACUGGACGAAGAAUGUCACUUUUAUCUGUUGGUGGCUCAAUUGGUGAUGCGACUAUUCCAUUACUGAUUGGUUAUAUAGUUGAUCCAAAAUUAUUAGGACCUAUAGGUUUUAUUUUUAUUUUAUUUAUUGUUGUUAUUUUAGCUUCAUUACUCUUUGGAUGCACUGUUAUAUAUAUUAAAUAUCAAUCAAAACAAAAUAAAAAUACUAGCGGAUAA